AGUUUUCUUCGUUAAUGUACAGGAUGGAUGCAUAUACGUUUGUGCUAUUAUCAGGUUGUUUUGUUAUUGCAAGCUGCACAUUCGAAUUGCUAUGGCCAUUGAGUAAUGUUACAUACACGACAGAAAUCAAACUUAAUUCCCCGAAUCAAGAUCGAUCGGCUGGAUGCAAUAUUAAAUUCGCACAAGAUAUGCCACCUAAUUUCCAAAAUCUUGCAGUUUCUACUGAUGAUGAUCACUGGAUUGAUAUUAGAAUUGAAGACAAUAUUCUUUAUUCAAAUAAGGACUAUACGUUCUCAGGCUGGUUUAAGAUAUCAAAUCCAAAUGGUACUUUGUUUCACUACAAAAGUGAUCAUUAUUAUACAACAGGGGAAUUUCUAGAACUGAAGGCAGUACUGGCGUCACCAAAUAUUAUAUUCAAGAGAAAAUUAAAAACUGCCAACGAAACUGCAUCUUUCGCCGUCACCUUGAGUCUUUAUAACUGGCAUUAUUUUACAUUUGGCAUCGAUAGAAGCAACGGCAAAAUGAAAAUAUACCAGGAUGAAAACCUUCUUGAAGAGUUUGACCACGGUUUUAUGGACAACAUAGAUAUAAUGGCACCAGGUACAUUGCGCAUAGGCAGAAGUUUUGAUGAGGUUGAUUCAAACUUGAAUGGAGAUGUGACCUGUUUUGCAUAUCACAUCGACAAAUUUAAUGUUCCGUUGUCAGACUCAGAAAACGAAUGUAAGAACACUACCCCUGACGAAUCAUAUGUACCAAUAUGUCCGGACAGGAAUGUGGGAACAUACACAUUGUCAAGUAUUAAUACAGGCUUGUCUAACCUCCGCACGAUCAGUACGUCUACUGAGUGCUCCGUGUUCCAGUGUGGUAUCGUUUGUCUAAAUGCAGUGUCAUGUAAAUACAUACAGUACGAUAUGACCACUGAAGGUUGUAACACAUGUUAUUUGCUGACGAUUGGUUCCGGUAGCCUCAAUUUUAAUAACGGAGAGAUUUUUGAAUUGGGAUAUUGAAGCAAAAAAACAUUUUUAUCACAAUAGUUACCGUGUAUGAUGUUUUACAGUGGGACACAAAAUUGCAUGACAUAAGUAUAUUUGAUUCAACCACAAAAAUAAUAAUCAUCAACAUAUGGCGCAACCACGAAUUUAACUGCAUAAAGCAGAAGCUGCUCCUAACGUUUAUAUGUAUUUAUACAUCCAUUACUUUCAAACGUUUAGGCUUGAACGUUCCUGAUGAAGGUAUAUCUAGAAUAGAACUUCGGACAGACGAAAUUCAUCAAGUGUUAAAUUUUCUUUUUUGUAUAUACAUAACCAUUAUCCUUGAUUUAACGUUAGGUUUCUAAUUUCACUUUUUUCAACCUAUCAGACAUAAAUACUAAUUCGCAAUUGCAUACAACUUUACUUCGGUGAUUAUGCAAUAAUUUUUUCACUUUAAAAAAUCUGAAGGCAAAAGGUUAGCGACAAAAUGUUCACAUCAAAAACUAUUUGAUCAUCAACAAAAAAAUUAUAUAAAUUCAAACAAUACACACAUACUUAUUCGGCUUAAUGCAAAUUUCGUAAAAUGGUUGGAAAUUAGUUUCAUACUUGUUCAACAAAUUCCAUGUUGAUACUAUAACUUUGACUAUAUUAGUCAUGCUAGUACAUUUCAGUGUUCAUGUGCCCAUUCAUGUUAACAUAUGUCUACAUUCUUAUGUUAUUUUUUUAAAAUAAAUAUUGUCUUAACUGA